GGCUGGCUACCAUUUCCUGGAAAGUUCUUCAAAAGAAAGGCUCUGCAGUUUCUCCACAUAUUCCUUCUUCCCCUUUCAAUGACGGAAGAGAAGAAGCAAUGAGGUGCAAUACCCACCCUUUCCAUUCAGGCAUCGGCGUCUGCGCCUUUUGCCUUCGCGAACGCCUCUCCGCCCUCACCUCCCCUAAAUACGACGAAGUCUCAUCGCCGGAGUAUCACCGGAAUCCCAAACCCUCAUCCGCUCACCCUACUCCACCGCCGCCCCUCUGUCACCCAUCCCCAUUCUCUAACGUCAGCGGAAAGAAUCGAAACGCCAAGAGGUUUUCCCUAUUGUCUCCAAUUUGGGGCUAUCCGAGCCCUAAAAAGGCCCAAUCGGCCGCCGGGUUUUCAAAAUCCUCUGGAUCUAAUAAUUCGUGGGUAUUGGCGUUAGGUCUUGGCCGGAAGAUGAGAAAUAAGAAGGCAUCGCCGCACGUGCAGCCUUUGAGCGGUCGGGGAAUGUCGCCUGCGACGGAGCAGUCUCCGGGCCGAGGUGUUUCUAUCCCUUCGCCAUUAUGGCGUAAACAGAGUCCCCACAGAUUCUCGAGCUUUGGGCUGUGCCUGAGUCCGAUGAUGAGACCGAUUGCCGGCAAUAGGCGGGAGCAUGCGCCGCCGGAGACUGCGUUUUCCGGCGAGUUUAGGGGAACGUUUAGUCGCCGGUGCGGCAGCGGUGGCGGCGCUAUGGCUUACGACUUACCGCCGGGUCUUAUAACGAAUCGAUCGAGGAAGCUUGUGGAUUUGGGUAAGGUCUGGUGAUUCUCUCGCGCAUCGAAACCCUACCUCGCCGGAAUUUUUUUCUUUUUCCUUUUUUUCUUAACACCGCAACUAUUCUGAAAUAUCUGAUGUGAUAUAAAUGUGUUUGGAUUAUUUAUUAUUUUUUUCUGCUUUGAUA